AUGUCCGACCCAUCUGCGGACGUAACUGGAUCCACUCCUAAUAAGACUGGGGCGGAAAUAUCAGCUCUUGUCUCAACCACAUCAAGAGGCCUGAGUUUCAAUCAACCUGUUCCUAUGCCAGAGUUUGCGGCCAAUAACCCAUACUUUGUGGUGCCACAGCCGGUGAAUCUCUUCCCCACUCCGCCUCAACUGGAAGACGCGGCGUACCAACUGGAUCUACGAAAUCAGAGCCUCUGCCGGAACACCAGACUCCGGCGGUCGAAUCGCGCUGUAGCCACGACAAGGAAUAAUCACAGCGACCAUGUAGUGAUAAGCAGGAAAGAUCUGGACCUGCCAUGUCCGCUGAGUGCACGGACCAACGGCAUGCAGCACAUCCCGGUUAGAGACAUGUACGCCUGGGUGCACUGUCCCGUCGAGACGCGCCGCCAGGAGGCACGGCAACAGCAGGGCAGGAUCCCACGUCCGCCGAACCCAUUCAUACUCUGGAAGAUGGAAGUCCCCCACAUUCGAAAAAAGUACAAGACGCUCGCAGUGAUGGAGAAACGGAACCAUGUCAGAGCGCACCCGGGAUAUCGCUUUCCAUUGAAUCCAGGUGGUUUUGGACCAUUGCAAAGUGCCGCCUCGGUGUGGUGGCAGAGGACAAUCUACUCUCAGAUGGCCUGUACUGAACAAGUCUCCGCAGGCACCCAACCUUGUGUCCCUGUCGUCACGGGGCAACCGGGGAUGCCGGACUCUGCUUGCUUUGUUCCCCAAUCUGGAUGCUCUGGGCUCGAAGCUGUCAGCGGUCAGUCUGCUUUACUGACACUGUCUGUUACAUGUGAGGAUUGUAAGGUUGACGGGGAAUUGGCUGCGCGUGUAACUCAGAGGCCCGUGUUUGUGUACUGA